AUGAGUGCAAUCAUUAGAAGAACAAUCAACUAUAGAGAAGAAACUCUAUUUUGGAGCGACGAUUGGCUGGGCAAUGGUCCACUCAAACUUAGGUUUCCUAAGCUUUAUACCCUGGAAUCGCAAAAGAAAUGUAAGAUCUCUGAUCAUAUCUACGAUGGAGGAUUCUCUUGGUCUUGGUCUCGUCAGCCGCUUUCACAGCAAGUCAACCGACUUAUACAAGCUAUUGGGUCUACUUGGCUAAACUCCAGCAAAGAGUACUCACAGACAUGUGAUUUGGCUUCAAACGAUUGCUUCGUUGUGGAUGUGGGUAGGCGUCGGUUGAAAACGACUUUGAGUGGGUCGGGCAAUUGCUCAUUUGGUUGGUUAAAAGAGACACCUAUAAAGGUAUCAUGCUUCGUUUGGCGUGCUAUUCAAAAUUGCAUCCCAUCUGCCUUGUCUCUCAAUCAUCGUGGCAUCAAUACAGAUUUGGUGACUUGCGGGGAAUGUAACACGGAUGAGGAAUCUGCGGAUCACAUAAUAUGUGGAUGUUCAUUUGCUAGAUUUACAUGGGAGUGGAUCUUCAUAUGGUGUUUCAUAUUGUUGCCUUAUUUUGAUAAAACUGGUGAGGUGUUGGAAUUCGCAACGGUAUGGGGAAAUUGCCCAAAGAAGAAAAAGGUGUUGUUGGGUAUUUGUUAUGGAACGAUUUGGAGUUUGUGGCAAGCGAGAAACGGAAUAAUCUUCAAUCAAAAUCAGAUUACACCUGAAAAGGCCGUGGAUAUUAUCAAAUCAUCGGUGUUCAUUUGGUUCAAACGUCGGAGCAAUGGAGGCAUUUAUAAUUGGGUAGAUUGGUGUAAAAGUCCUUCAUGUAAUAGGCUUGACAUUUUUUUUUCUCUCUCUAAUGGUUGUGAUACGAGAUCUGUUUAG